UCUGGUCACUGGGAUCAUUACCAGGACAAUAUGUUCACCUGCGGCGGUCACCAGGACGAGAAUGUCACAUACGCUCUCAAGCCAAUGAACUGCCCUGGACACGCGCUCAUGUUUAAGUCACGCACACGCUCAUGGAGAGAGCUGCCGCUACGUCUGGCGGACUUCGGAGUGCUGCACAGGAAUGAG